AUGUCACUCGCGCCAGGAUUUUCAGGCCCCGUGCAUGUAUGCAGACGGCUAUUUUGUGAGCCGACGCAAGCACUGGUUCAACAAACGCUUGAAACCGUUAUUCGGAGAGAUCAAGAGCGCUUUUCCAAAGUCUGGAAUUUUCCUCCGGAUGUUUCUGUGAGACAGCCGUUGGCAUCUAAGAAUCUCUCGCUGUCUAACUCGGAGAACCAACCAAUUCAAAGAACGGAUUCUGGUGUUUGUAGCUGGCGACUAUUUCAACCAGAAGCCGCUUUUUACAAUACACCACCACGAAAACUGAAAGCGUAUCGUCGCCUGGCUCCAUCCGUCGCACAAAAGACCCGAAUGGAAAUGUUCCGUAUUCCCACACUCACCAUUUCAGUACCACGAAAGGAAGAAUCCGCUGUUUUACCUGGCGAAAAAUGCGAGAAGGCUAACAGCAAUUCCGAAUGCAACACUCCUGGCUUACUAGUGAAGGCCCCUGUUCAAACUGCUUCAGCCCCUACCCGUCCGCUGACUCCGAUUUUGAUUCGNAUUUUGAUUCGACCAUCCCCAGAAGACGAUCUACCGCCUCUUCCGUAUCUGGAACACUUGAGCCUGUCACAACAUAACUGCAGCUCGCCUGCACAUAGCGGUCACAAAGUGACAGUAAUCCGUUCCAGGCAUUCGGAGCAAAUCAAACGGAGGUCUGGCGCCAAAGUUACUGGUAUGUUCAAAACAACUUUGUUUUUUUAA